UAGUCCAUAAUCGUUACGGAAAGGAGAGGCACCGGGGCUAACCGCCGCACCCAGCGAGUAAAAUUGUGAUAGUGCGAAAAAAAAUCGAGAAAAACAAUUUUUCGGCGUGGGAAAUCGGUGCCAGUCGAGUGCAAGUUUCCUUAUGAGCCGGUACGUCUAAAACUAUACAUGAAUAGAACUGUUUGCCUCGAAAAACUGCAUGUAUUUAAACCCAUGUAUUCGUGAUUCAGUUGGAACUGUUGGAUAGUGUUUAGGAAAUUCGGAGAUUGCCCCGUUGAGAAGUAGGAAAAAGGUGUGCGUAAAGUGUGGUAACCAGCAUGAACGAACUGGACACUUUGAGACAGGAAGCUGAAACCCUCAAGAAUGCCAUCAGGGACGCGCGCAAGGCGGCAUGCGAUACGAGCCUCGUGCAGGCGACCGCGAGCCUCGAGCCGAUCGGCCGCGUGCAGAUGCGCACCAGGCGCACUCUCCGCGGUCACCUCGCCAAAAUCUACGCGAUGCACUGGGGCUCGGACAGUCGGAACCUCGUGUCCGCCAGUCAGGACGGCAAGCUCAUCGUCUGGGACAGUCAUACCACCAACAAGGUUCACGCUAUUCCCCUCAGAUCGUCGUGGGUGAUGACCUGCGCGUACGCACCUUCCGGCUCGUACGUCGCCUGCGGCGGCUUAGAUAAUAUUUGCUCUAUAUAUAGCCUAAAAACGAGGGAAGGUAACGUCCGGGUGAGCAGAGAACUGCCCGGCCACACGGGUUACCUCUCUUGUUGCCGCUUCCUGGACGAUAACCAAAUAGUGACCAGUUCGGGCGACAUGUCGUGCGCCCUGUGGGACAUCGAGACGGGUCAGCAGGUGACCAGUUUCCUCGGGCACACCGGCGACGUCAUGUCGCUCUCGUUAGCGCCGGACAUGCGCACAUUCGUGUCGGGCGCAUGCGACGCCUCAGCCAAGCUCUGGGACAUCAGGGAGGGGGUGUGCAAACAGACUUUCCCCGGCCACGAGUCGGACAUAAACGCGGUGACAUUCUUUCCGAACGGGUUCGCGUUCGCAACGGGUAGCGACGACGCGACCUGUCGCCUGUUCGACAUAAGGGCCGAUCAGGAGUUGGCGAUGUACAGCCACGACAACAUCAUCUGCGGUAUCACGAGCGUAGCGUUCAGCAAAUCCGGUCGGCUUUUGUUGGCCGGCUACGACGAUUUUAAUUGCAACGUGUGGGACUCGAUGAAGACGGAAAGGGCGGGUAUUUUGGCCGGUCACGACAACAGAGUAAGUUGUCUGGGAGUGACAGAGAACGGCAUGGCCGUCGGCACCGGCUCGUGGGACAGUUUCUUACGUAUUUGGAAUUAAGGGCGGAAUCCGAGCGGGGAUUUAAAAAAAAAACAAAAAAAAACAAAAACCAACAAUGCCAAAUUUUCGUGUUUCAUUCUCACCUGCAUCACACGGUAGACACGGAAGCAUUUAAGAACUAGAUACACUAUUUUGCCAUAUUAGGUAUAUUAUAUAUUACGCAUUUUUUUUAAAGCAACUUAGUGAUGUAUAUUUCGUUUUUUUAAGGAUCUUGUGCUUUGGUAUAUAUACAUAUGUAUAUACAUAGAUAUAUAUACUUUUUUUUUGCUUCUCCACUUCUCACUUUCGUUUGUUGAUAUUUUUAGCUUGUGAUGUAAUUUUCGUUUCAUCUCUUUUUAGUUUUAGGUUUUUUUUUGUGAUUUAUCCCCUUCGCCUCCCCAACCCUAAAAUAAUUUUAUCCAACGCUCCUACAUGUUGUAUAGUAUUUGUAAGUGUUAUUUAAUUUAAUAAAAAAAAACAAACAUUCAGUA